AUGGUACUAUUCACGGGCGACCUACCCUCCAGCGACACUGAUCCUGAUGUAGGCCCGGUUUCUGCAUCUCUCCAGCAACCCGGCUUUCCUAUAGCCAUCGUCGGGAUUAGCUGCCAAUUUGCUGGAGGAGUAAAAAAUCCGGAAAAGCUCUGGGAGCUUUGUGCCCAAAAACGCAGCGCAUGGUCUAAAAUUCCAGAGAGCAGAUUCAAUCACGACAGUUUCUAUGACGGGGAUAUUGGAAAGCUCGCAAUGACAAGUGCCAAAGGCGGCCACUUCCUGGAGGAUGACAUAUCUCUUUUCGAUGCCGGAUUUUUCAACUUCUCAACAGAUGUCGCCAGUAGUAUGGAUCCUCAGAUAAGACUGCAGCUCGAGUCAGUAUUUGAAGCCACCGAGAACGCUGGUAUACCGCUCGACCGGCUUGCAGGUAGUAAUACCUCGGUGUUUUCAGGGUGCUUUCUUCGGGAUUACAACGACAGUCUCAUGCGGGAUCCCGAGGCUUUCCCAAUGAUGCUGCUCACGGGUAAUGGAGCUGCAAUGAUCUCAAACAGAAUAUCUCAUUUUUUUGACCUUCGAGGUCCCUCUAUGACGAUUGAUACAGGCUGCUCCUCCAGUUUGAGCUCGCUUCAUUUGGGUUGCCAGAGCCUGAGGUCAGGGGACGCUGACAUUUCGAUCGUCAGUACGGUUAAUCUGUUCAUCAACCCGGAUAGUUUUGUAAUCUUGUCGAAUAACAGCAUGUUGAGCCCCGAUGGGAAGAGUUACUCCUUCGAUUCCCGCGCGAACGGAUACGGCAGAGGCGAGGGUAUUGCGACACUGAUCCUAAAGCCCCUGGAGCAUGCGCUCCGCGAUGGCGAUAACAUCCGUGGCAUCAUACGAGAGACUGCCGUCAACCAAAAUGGAAAAACCCCCACACUGACGUCGCCAUCCAUAGAGGCUCAGAUGAACCUAAUCAAAGGUUGCUAUGCUCGGGCUGGCCUUGACCCUGAUAAGACUCCUUACGUGGAGGCCCACAUGACGGGCACCCCCGUCGGCGAUCCCAUCGAAGCCACCGCGAUCGGACGUGUUUUCGGUGUUGGUAGGCCACAGGAGUCCCCACUCCUUGUUGGGUCUAUCAAGCCGAACCUUGGGCAUAUGGAGGCUUCGAGUGGAUUGGCUGGCGUGAUAAAGGCAGUGUUAGCCCUCGAGAAAGGGCUCAUUCCUCCAAAUCAGAAUUUCGAGACUUAUAAUCCAGCUAUUGACCCGAAAAAGUGGAAGUUUAAGGUUCCCACUAGCCUUGAACCAUGGCCAGAAGGGAUGCCUCGUCGUGCAUCGGUGAACAAUUAUGGUUAUGGAGGCACGAAUGGGCAUGCAAUCCUCGAGGCCUGCACCACGGAUCUCUCACAACGCCAUCAGUUUAAUAAAAAAACCACAUCUAAUGGUGUGAAGUAUGUUUUGGAGAAUGGCAAUGGCAAUGGCAUCGAAAAACCCUGUCCCAAGGUUUUUUUGUUGACCAGCAAAGACGCAGGUGUCACGCAAACCAUGAUGGCUAACCUCGCAGAAUACAUCGACGAGAAGGAGCAGUCGAAUGAUAAGGCCAGUGCCUAUCUCGAUAGUAUCGCCUAUACGCUCGGUGCGCGACGUUCACUGUUCGGAUGGCGGGUUGCUGUCUCCGCAUCAACUCCAUCCGGACUCGUGAGGGCACUGAAGAACCCGCUGACCAAGCCUGCAUUCUCGCGCGAAGCUCCUCGUCUGGGCUUUGUCUUCAACGGCCAAGGGGCGCAGUGGUUCGGCAUGGGAAGAGAAUUAUUUGCGUAUCCGGUCUUCCGACAGGCCGCGGAGGAGGCCGAUGAGAUAAUAAGAGGAUUCGGUGCGAAGUGGUCCUUGAUCGAAGAACUUAUGAAAGACGAGGCUUCGAGCCGAGUCCAUGAGGCAGAGCUUAGCCAUGUCCUCUGCGUAGCGCUGCAGCUAUGCCUGGUCAAGCUGCUCGCGUCCUGGAAUAUUCAGCCCAACGCGGUGGUUAGCCAUUCGAGCGGAGAAGCUGCAGCUGCUUUUGCUGCUGGCGCGCUGACCUUCUCAGAAGCCCUCGGAAUUGCCUAUUAUCGAGGUGUUCUCGCAGAGAAGUAUAGCAACACUUCUGUGGGCCAGGGUUCCAUGCUUGCUGUCGGCUUGGGUGAAAAGGAAGUAGCUCCUUAUCUUGAAUCACUUAGUGCCGGCGAGGCAGUAGUGUCCUGCGUCAACAGCCCUUCAAAUGUGACGGUCUCUGGUGACGAUGCUGCCAUCGAUGAAGUAGAGCAGCAUUGCACCAAAGCCGGGGUGUUCGCAAGGCGGCUCAAAGUAGCUGCUGCAUACCACUCAGACCACAUGCUUCCAAUGGCAGAAGAAUAUCUCCAAACAUUAAGUUCAUUCCUUGCACCAACCAAAGGCCAGACUUCAGUCAUGUAUGGAUCGCCCGUAACCGGUUCUAUCGUUAGAAAUCUCUCCAGCCUCCAAGCAUCCUACUGGAUUCGAAGUCUUGUACAUCCGGUCCUUUUCUCACCGGCGUUGCAAAGGGUUUGCUCUGCCAGCUCGGCUGAUGGUGGUAUCCACACACUCAUCGAGCUCGGCCCGCACGGGGCUUUGGCUGGACCAAUUCGACAGACUCUGAAGGUCUCGGGUCUCAAGGAUGGAGAAAUCUCAUACGUCUCCUGCUUGACACGCGGGGAGGACGCCCUAUGCACGGCUCAGAACCUAGUAGCAACACUCUUAAGCAAAGGGUAUCCCGUCGAUCUCAAUGCUGUCAACUUUGCAGGAGACGUCUCUGGCUUGCGAGUCCUUCAUGACCUUCCGUCUUAUCCAUGGAAUCAUAGUACCAAAUACUGGGCAGAAUCUAGGUUGAAUGCAUCACAUCGCCAUCGCAAGCAUGCGCCCAGGCGUCUCCUAGGUACCUUAAUUCCGGGAGUUAAUCCACUGGCUCCUAGCUGGCGUCACUUCCUUCGAGUAUCGGAUAUGCCGUGGCUGCGAGAUCAUAUGGUCCAAUCAGACAUUGUCUUUCCAGGGGCAGGAUCGAUAAGCAUGGCCAUCGAGGGCCUCCGGCAGAUGACAGCGUCAUCCGGCGAGUCCAUAUCGGGAUAUAAGCUGCGAGAUAUUGAGUUUAUGAACGCCCUCGUCAUUCCCGACACCACCGAAGGGAUCGAGGUUCAGCUCUCCUUUCGUCAGUGCAAUGCCAUCGAACUCGACCAUCAAAGCUGGUGGGAAUAUCAUUUGUACUCUAUCUCGCAGAACGGCGAUUCUUGGAUACACCACAGCAAAGGGCUUAUAUCCGCAGAUCUCAAGCCGUCGACUUCGCAAGGCUGGGGCGACGCAAUCGUGCGCAGUCUGGACAAAGAUCAUGGUGUCUCUUCCCUCACUCAGGGUAAGAGUUUUGAUCCAGAGAGCCUCUUUGGUCGCCUCCGCAAGUCUGGCAUCCAUCAUGGUCCCUCUUUCAGGAACCUUGUGACCAUUAUGGCAGAUGGCAAUCGCGCAGACACCACGUUCCAAGUGCAGGAUCCUGAGGCAUCGACCCCAGAUGCCGUGAGCCAUAUUGUACAUCCCACAACGCUCGACUCUAUCUUGCAGGCUGCGUACUGUGCGUUAAAGGAAGACGCUUACAGAAACUCGAUGCUCCUGCCGCGCUCUAUCUCACGAUUAUACGUGUCCAGCGCCAUCUCCACAUAUUCCAAACAGCAAUUCGUAGCACGGUCUAAUAUCCACCACCAAGAUCGUCGGGGCUUCAACAGCAAUGUGAGUGUGACGAGCGCAGAACACACACUGCAUGACCCUCUAGCAAAGGUGGAAAGUCUCUUCUGUCAGUCGGUCGAACGGCCAUCCUACGACGCUGAAAAGGAAUUGGAUGAAGCAAAGACAUGUUUCAAGAUGAUUUGGCAUCCUGAUUGGACGCUCAUGGCAUCUUCUGACAUUAGGAAGCCCUUGACUUUCAAUCCAGAUCCCCAGAUGAAUGCUAUCAGCAUGGAGUUGAACCGGGCUACCUUCUACUACAUCCACGACGUUCUCGCCAAGCUCACUGAUUCAGAAAUUGAGAAUCUACUUCCACACUACAAAACAAUGCUCCAGUGGAUGGUGAAGAUAGAUAAUCUAGUGAUGAGCGGUGAGCUAGCCCAAGGAAGCGAAUCAUGGGUUGCCGCCAACGAGGCCUCGAAGCAAAUCCUGUACGACGAAGUCUCCCAAGCAAGUGUCAAUGGCAGCCUGCUUUGCCGCAUUGGGCACUCCCUAAUGGAUAUCCUUCUACAGCGAGCAGCACCACUGGAGCUGAUGAUGGAGGGUAAGCUGCUGCAUCAAUAUUACGAAAAUGGCAUGCGCAGCUAUCGAUCUUACCCACAAGUCAAACAGUUAGUUGAGCACUUUGUCCACAAAACGCCCUACGGAAGGAUCCUUGAGAUUGGAGGCGGUACUGGAGGCUGCACAACAACGGUUCUGGAGGCUCUGACUAGUGACUCUCCUGACGGCCCUCAGUUCCACUUCUCACAUUACGACUUUACAGAUGUUUCGUCCGGCUUCUUCGAGAAAGCGUCGGAAAAGUUCGCCAAAUGGGCAGGUCUUAUGUCGUUCAGCAAGCUUGAUAUCGAAGUGGAUCCUGUGGCGCAGUCAUUUGAAACUGGAAGUUACGACUUGAUUAUAGCUUGUCAGGUCCUUCAUGCCACCAAGAGCAUGCAGACAACAAUGACAAAUGUCCGCAAGCUGCUCCGGCCAGGAGGCAAACUAAUCCUGGUCGAAACCACCAAGGAUACGAUCGACGUACAGCUCAUAUUUGGUACUCUUCCAGGUUGGUGGGCGGGUACGAAUGAUGGCAGGACAAGUAGCCCGAACCUGUCAGUACAGUCGUGGAGUGAUUUUCUCACCAGAACUGGCUUUUCCGGCCUAGAUGUCGAGGUCGGCGACUGUGAAGAUAGUGAAUAUUCCUCUAUCAGUACCAUGCUGACCACAGCCGUUGGGAGCCCACCGAGAUACCCGGAAGAGAUCUCCAUCAUUUGGCCGGUGGACUCUGCUUCCACGCCUGGAGAACAUGAUUGGCUCGCAAACUUCAGAGAGUCACUACAGAAAUCAACCGGCAUCCAAACAGUGGUCGAGAAUCUUGAGAGCUUCGGACCGAAAGGAAAGUUCUGUAUUUCGUUUCUAGAGCUGUUCGGACCGCUCCUGCAUCGCCUCGAUCCCCAAAGUUUCCACCAUCUUCGUCGGAUCGUCAGUGAUGUCAAGGGCGCUCUCUGGGUCUCGGCGGGCGGUAUCAUAGAUGGUAAAGCACCCGAAUAUGGGAUGAAUCAAGGCUUUCUACGCACUCUGAGAAUGGAGAAUAGGAGCAAGAGGCUAGUCUCACUGGACCUUGAGCCCGAGAGCACCGUCUGGAGCAAGGAGAACUCCGAAAUCAUUCAGAAGGUCAUAGCUUCCUCUUUUGACCUCAAUGUAGAUCAAGACCAAAUUGAUUGCGAGUUUGCUGUGAAGUCGUCAUGCGUGCACGUGGCUCGAGUUUAUGAGGACGUUGAGGAGAACAAAGCCAUCUCUGCGUCGAUCGAAGCGUUGCAGCAGCACGAGAUGGCAGAAUUUGUUGGCUCUGCGAUCCCUCUGAAGCUAGAAGUAGGAACUGUCGGACUCUUGGACAGUCUUAGAUUUGUCGGAAAUGAGGCCAUGUAUGAGCCGCUACCAGAUGACUACAUUGAGAUCGAGCCAAAGGCGUUUGGUGUCAACUUCCGAGAUGUGCUGAUAACCCUUGGUCGCCUUGAGGGUAGCAAUUUUGGCUUCGAAUGCAGCGGUGUCGUCACACGUGUGGGCAAAGGUAUCAGUGACUCUCAAUUCAAGCUCGGCGAUAGGGUCUGUGCCGUUAUGCUAGGUAGUUAUGGGACUCCAGUGCGUCUUCACCAGUCGUGGGUUGGUCACAUUCCCGACGAGGCGAGCUUCGAAGAGGCCGCAUCAAUGCCAUUGGUCUUCAUUACUGUGUAUCAAUCUCUUGUCUUCAGCGCCAGACUCGAAGCAGGUGAAAGCGUCUUGAUACACGCAGGAAGCGGUGGAGUGGGCCAAGCUGCCAUCAUGCUGGCGAAACACCUCGGGGCGGAGAUAUUCGUCACCGUGGGCACAGAGGCGAAGCGCGACUUCAUCAUGCAGACAUAUGGCAUUGCGGAAGGCCACAUCUUUUCUAGCAGAGACACGUCCUUUGGCGCCGGCAUCAUGGCUGCGACCAAUGGCAAGGGCGUCGACGUAGUACUGAACUCGCUGGCCGGCAAUCUCUUGAAAGAAUCAUGGAACUGUAUUGCCGUCUUCGGUCGCUUUGUCGAGAUUGGCAAGCGUGACAUUCAGCAAAACAAGAGUCUCGAGAUGGCGCCGCUAGAAAGAGCCGCGUCGUUUGUAGCCAUCGAUUUAAACCAAGAUAUACUGCUGCGUCGCCACGUCAUCUCAAAAGCCAUGUCAGAAGUGAUGAGUAUGUGGUCCAAGGGCCAGAUCAAGUCGCCGGCGCCGAUUACCCAGUUCGCAAUGUCCGAAAUGACCGACGCUUUCAGACUUAUGCAGACAGGAAAACAUAUGGGGAAAGUCGUCUGCGUCCCGAAAGCGGGCGAUCUUGUAAAGGUACGCGUGGCUCAGCAUGUUCGUUUCUCGCCCGAGGCCUCGUAUCUCAUUGUCGGAGGACUCGGGGGCAUCGGAAGAGAGCUCGCUCGCUACAUGGCAAAUCGAAAAUGCUCCAAUCUCAUCAUCCUAUCCCGAUCUGCAGCAGAUCAGCCGGCUGCGUCCCCGCUGAUCCGGGAGCUGAAGGCAGCAGGGUGCACCGCCACUAUCCAGAACUGCGACGUUGCAGACGAGGCGAGCCUAUCCUCUGUACUUAAAGCGUGCUACGAGCAGGGUAUGCCGCAGGUUCGAGGUGUCGUUCACGGUGGCAUGGCCCUUCACGACACAGUAUUUGAGGCAAUGGCGUUUGAGCAAUGGCAGUCUGCGCUUCGUCCAAAGGUUGAUGGAACAUGGAAUCUGCAUCGCAGUCUACCCAACCUAGACUUUUUUAUCAUGCUGUCCUCCAUGUGUGGCGUUCGUGGUAACGUCAGUCAGGCUAAUUAUGCUGCAAGCUCAACAUUCCAAGACGCCUUCGCGCGCUAUCGUCGCUCACAAGGCCUGGCCGCCGUCUCCAUUGACCUCGGCCCCGUCGAAGGUAUCGGCUUCGUGGCAGAACACAAGGGUGUCGACGAACGGCUGCUGAAGGUGGGCAACGCACCGAUAGAGGCAAAGCUGGCAAUGCGAGUGAUCGAGUCGGCCAUGUACUCGCCGCGGCGGCCCGUUGGGCUGAGCCAGGUGCUGACGGGCAUCUCCAUGAAGGACUAUACAAAUGACGAGAAUGCGGCGCCAGCGUGGAAGCAUGACCGACGCUUCUGGCCACUGCAGCGCCAGUCGACCCAGCUGCUGGACAACAAAAGGACAGCCGACAAAACCACCACCACAGCAUCCUCAAUCAAGGACUACUUUACCAACGCUGAGAGCUGGGACGAGGUGAUUACCGGCUGCAUUGACGCUCUUGCGCGCAAGGUGACUGGGAUGUUUGCCCUUUCAGCCGAAGAAGUCGACGUAACGCUGCCCAUGGCCACCUACGGCCUCGACUCACUCAUGGCGGUUGAGGUGCGCAAUUGGCUGUCCGUGGCGGCUCGGGCAGAACUUUCGACCUUCGAUAUCAUGCAGAGCUCGUCGCUGGCCGCGCUGGCGAAACAGGUGGCGCAGAAGAGCCAGUAUGCUACAGAGAGUGCCUUGGCCAGGUGA